UCCAUCACCACGCAGGCUCGGCCGUGCUUGAGCGGCUGGAGCGACUCCAAGGACACAGUUCAUAGGGCUUUGGUUUUCAGUCCCCCAAUACUGAGCGACCUGGGGACAGUUCAUAGCGCACUAGGCCGAAACCUUUGAAGAAGCCCAGGGCAGGAGGCAGUGAGCAGUGCGCGGCAGCUGAGCAGUCCCGAGCCUCCCCAGCAUGUGUACGGGCAGCUGUGCCAAGUGCCUGGGGGGCACCCUCAUCCCCCUGGCUGUGAUUGGCUUGCUGGCUAACAUCCUGCUGUUUUUCCCUGGAGGGAAAGUGUCCGACAGCAAUGACCACAUUACUGAUGAGGUCUGGUAUUUCGGAGGAAUAGCUGGAAGCGGGGUCUUGAUGAUCUUCCCCGCGCUCGUGUUCUUGGGCCUGAAGAACAAUGACUGCUGUGGCUGCUGUGGCAAUCAGGGCUGUGGGAAGCGGUUCGCGAUGUUCACCUCCACAAUUUUCGCUGCGAUUGGAUUCGUGGGUGCUGGAUAUUCAUUCAUCAUUUCUGCUGUCGCCAUCAACAAGGGUCCGAAAUGUCUCAUUGCGGGUGACUCCUCCUCUGGCACCUGGGGUUACCCCUUUGAAAAUGGGAACUACCUCGGCAACCACUCCAUAUGGAGCCAGUGCAGAGAGCCCCGCGACAUAGUCCCCUGGAACCUGACUCUCUUCUCCAUCCUGCUGGUCGUUGGCAUCGUCCAGAUGUGCCUCUGCGCCAUCCAGGUGGUCAACGGCCUCCUGGGAACACUGUGUGGGGACUGCCGGUGUUGCUGCGGGGGAGAUGGGCCAGUUUAAACCUCCUUGAAGAGCUUCCCUACCUCCGCGUGGGACAAGACAUUCAACCUGUGCUUCUCUUCUCAGGAUUAACCCCACCCGCUUCCCAGCCACAAAGCUGGGGGAGGGUGGACUGAGUCCUCCCAGUCAGCUUCGCUCCAGUUAGAAUGUUGCUAUUCUCCACUAGAAUAGGUUAGCCGCCUGCCAAAUGACAUUGAUGCAAUCUCUCCACUUAGCUUCUAGUUAGAAUAUAGGAACCAGCUCAAGGCAGCUUCAUCAUGACUUUUUUCCUUUCCAGUGUAAAAUGUAUAAAGUCAACGGAUUG